UGGACAGCGUGCAUGACCACAAUAAUUUCAACAAAACAAGCUAAUCUGGAAACAAAGUAGAUAUCAUCACGAUCAUGACAGAUGCCAUUCUACCGUCUCUAGAAGCGGCCGUGGAGGACUGGAACGGUUUUAAUUGGAACGAGCGCCUUGCGGAGGUAGAUAUUUUUCUCCAACAAACCAAAGAAGUCAAAGAACAAAGCUUACAGGCCCGCAAGAAUCUAGCCGAGAUUACGAAACAACUGAAGCGUAGCGUAAAAUCAGUCGAGACUACUACAUUUGAUCUAAAAAAGGAAGCGAAUCCGGAAUCGGUCGCGUCGAGUAUCAAGUCCAUGGAAAGUCUGACGAAGGAAUGUCGGGUCACCGUGAAAUCCUAUCAGGAAGAAAUUGAUAAUCUCACGCGCCGCUGCAAAACUUCGGAAUCCAGCUACGUUUCUCUAUGUCAAGCUCUCUCCGAACAGUCUGAACCGGCUGCCAUUCUUGCCUCCGCCCUUCAGCACAUUCACGCCCAGCAGGCCCAAAUGACACAGCUUCUUAGCACUGUUGAACAUGUGAACCAGGAGUUGCAGUCCCAAGAGACUAUGAACGUCAGCUACAGGAAGGAAAUAGCAUCUCUACAGAAGUCAAAAUCGAAUAGCAGUGGAAAUGCUGGCGUUGGUAAGGCAGAUCGGGAAGAGCUAGUACAACUGCGUCGGGAGGUUGCUGAGUACGAAAUCGAGUUCCGCAGCUUGAAGAAUCAGGACAUUACGAUUCGCAGGCUCGAAGCUCGAAUUGCCGAACUCCAGACAGUAGGCGAAGAGCACCUGAAGGAAGAGCUUGAAAAGCACAAGGAAGAACUGCAGGAAUCUGAAGGUCGCAAGGUCGCUGAAGCCUUGGAGCGUGAGGCGGCUAUGGAAAGGAAGGUGCAAACUCUUGAACUACAGCUCCAAGCAGAGCGGGCGGGCCGCGAAGCCACGCAAGGGGCCUUGCUUGAUGCGGACGAAGGAGUUUCACAACGUGAGGCGGCCUGGGAAGCUCAGCGUCGUAUUCUUGUUGACGAUGCGGAACGCGUGCGGGAAAGUCUGCAAACGGCCACUCGUGAACGCGACGAGCUUCGCCUCAAAAUGGCGGCAGUUAGCGAGAAUACUACGCCAGAGCCAUCACCUCCGUCGGGUGGAUUGUCAGUGUCCGAUCUCAUCCUGGAGCGUAAAGCUUAUGAGGCAGAGGUUGCGGAGCUAUCUGAGACGGCCAAUAUGCUCCGUGAGGAGCUUCGAACAAAAGAGUUGCAGGUAAUGGAUGAAAAACGCAUUUCGCAGGUCAAAUUGAGCAAUUUAGAACGUCAGGUAGCUACGCUAUCUUUCGACCUUUCCACUGCCCAAUCCCAGCUUCACUCCGCACCCAGUCAAGCUUUGGUGGACAACAUGAAACGAGAACUUCGCAUCUUGAAGCGCUUGGAAUACAAUGCGGACGACGUCGAUACGGAACGAGACCCUGAAAUUGCGGGAGGAAACGCUGGUGACGAAGAUGACAAGGACCUUGAAUCUGUUUUGGUUGCGAAGCUACGCCGUGCUGAAUCGGACCUGGUGACCGAACGGGUAACUCGCACUAGUUUAAUUGAAGAUAUUGAAACUCUCAAGAAGUCUAUGCUUGACGCCGAAAAGACCAAUAAUGCUUUAGAAAAGCUUGUGGCGUCUUUGGAGAGAGACCUGGAACGGGCUAUUGCGACACCGUCUGCUGCGACGUCUCGAAAGCAAUCGGAGCACGUACUUGUCGAAGAAAAUCCGGCUACUCUGGAACAUAUACUUGAUCCCAAUGCUGCGCCCCCUCUACCUCCGCCACCUCCGCCUUCGGCCAGAUCCCAAUCAGAAUCGGAAUCUCAGCAAGACGAUCAUUCAGUUGCCACUAUUGUAAUGGCACAGCGUGACCGACUUCGCGCGCGAUGCGAGGCCUUGGAAGCCGAGCGGGAUUCUUUUAAACGAGAGUUGCAGGGCCAAGUGCAAGCUUCGGAACAUCUCAAAACGGACAAUACAAAAUUGUACGAGAAGGUUCGUUAUCUACAAAAUUACAAUAAGCCCCCGAGCAGCGGACAUGGAACAGCGUAUUCUCGCAGUAUCAGCGCUGGAGAUCGCGAUCUGGACCUUGAGGCCCUGGAGCAGCGCUACGAAGCAUCCGUUGACCCCUUCCGUCAGUUCAGUAAGGCAGAACGCCAACGGAAGCUGAAUGAAAUGUCACCGAUGGAGCGUACCGUUUUCAUAGUGGCCAAAACCUUUUUGGCAACAAAAGAAAUGCGGACAGCGCUAUUCUUUUACGUUGUUGCCAUGCACUUGCUCGUAUUCAUUACAACCUAUCAUUGGUCCCAAGCUGCAGGCUGCAUCGGUCCCAAUAAAGAUUACUUAUCGCACCUUCCACCAACCAUGCCGAAACCUGUUACGAAAGAGGAAGCCCCCGUUGCUGGCGCUGCAGCUAUACCGACCACCGAUUGAGCUCAGUGUUGAUGCAUCUAUUAUGAUUUCUUUACGUAAAAUCUAGAAUCAAAUUCAAUCC